AUGCCUCACGCCAGGUGUACCAAAAGCUGUCAACCUGGAUAUGCCAAGGUGGUUCAAGAAGGACAACCGGUUUGCUGCUACGCUUGUGCUUCGUGUACGGAAGGGACAAUCUCCACCCAGGAAGAUGCAGGCUAUUGCACCAAAUGUCCAGAUGAUCAGCAUCCAAACAAGGGCCAAGAUCAAUGUGUCCCCAAAAUUACCACUUUCCUUGCCUACACAGAACCUUUGGGCCUCAUCCUAGCUUCCUUUGCCCUAUCUUUGUCCAUAACCACAGUGUUUGUUCUAGGAAUCUUCAUUAAAAAGAAGGAAACUCCGAUAGUCAAAGCCAACAACCAGGACCUCUCCUACAUCCUCCUUGUCUCCCUUCUGCUUUCCUUUUUGUCCUCCUUCCUCUUCAUCGGCCAGCCAAGGAAAGUGGCCUGCCUUCUCAGGCAAACAGCCUUCAGCAUCAUCUUCUCAGUUGCUGUUUCUUCUGUGUUGGCAAAAACCAUCACGGUGGUGCUUGCCUUCCUGGCCACAAAGCCAGGGAACAGGGUGAGGAGAUGGCUGGGGAAGACCUUUGCCAAUGCCAUUGUCCUUUCCUGUUCCAGUGUCCAAGUUGUCAUCUGCACCAUCUGGCUAGGGAUCUCUCCUCCUUUCCCUGAUUCUGACAAGCACUCCCAGGCUGGGGAGAUCAUCCUGCAAUGUAACGAAGGAUCUGUUGCGAUGUUUUACACUGCCCUCGGCUACAUGGGCUUCCUGGCUGCCAUCUGCUUCACAGUGGCUUUCCUGGCCAGGAAGCUUCCAGGAUCCUUCAAUGAAGCCAAGCUGAUCACCUUCAGCAUGCUGGUCUUCUGCAGUGUUUGGGUGUCCUUUGUGCCCACCUACCUGAGCACCAAGGGGAAGUACAUGGUAGCCGUGCAAAUCUUUUCUAUCUUGACUUCCAGUGCUGGGCUUCUGGGCUGCAUCUUCAUCCCCAAGUGUUACAUUAUUAUACUAAGGCCUGAUCUGAAUACAAAAGAGCACCUUUCAACAAAAACAAAAGAUCGCAUUUGA